UAAGAAUGUGAAAACUGAUUAUGAUUUGCUUCGUAAAACAGUUUAUUUCUUUCCAUUUUCCAAAAUUUUAACCUUCAUGGCUACAUGUAAUCAACAUGCGCAAAUGUUAUCAUUGAUUCUAUUUUUAUCCAUCAUAGUUGCAGGUCUCGACGCGCAGAAUUCAACGAGUAAAAAACGAGAGCAGCACCUUCUUGAGGACUUGCUGAACCCUGAGAACUACAACAGACGGGUCAGACCAGUUGUCAGAAGUGAGGACCCGGUAAUUGUAAAGUUUGGAUUGGUUGUCAGAGAGAUCGAAGACCUGGAUGACAAGAAUCAGCUACUCCUAACUCGAGCAGAAAUAAGAGAGUACUGGGUGGAUCCGCAGCUCAAAUGGGAUUCUUCAAAGUACGGUGGAGUGGAGUACAUAAGUGUCGAUCCAAAAAUGAUAUGGAUCCCAGAUAUAGUAUUAUAUGACAAUGCCGGUGUAGGUUUUGGUAGCGGUAUGACGCGAACCAAAGCUGUUAUCACAAAAGAGGGGCUAGUCAGCUUGAACGUACCAACUAUCAUCAAGAGUAGCUGCAAGAUUUAUGUGAAGAAUUACCCUUUUGAUCAGCAGGAAUGCAAGCUGAAAUUUGGCUCCUGGACGUAUGAUGCCUUGGGAAUCGCAUUGCAACUUGAGAACUCUUCAGCAGAUCUGAGCGAAUACUCCCCUAGCGUGGCGUGGGAACUACUUGGAGUUCCGGGAGAGUUUCACUCCCUAUUUUACAAUUGCUGUGUUAAUCCGUAUGAUGACGUCACCUACAGAAUACAAAUAAAGCGGAGGGCCUUGUAUCAUGCUAUGUUUUUGAUAAUACCCUGUGCAAUGAUUUCUGUUUUAACUUUGUUGGUGUUCCUGUUACCUCCCGACUGCAACGAGAGAAUGACAGUUGGCAUGGCAAUUCUCGUUGGCUUAAGUUUCUUCUUUCUUCUUGUCGCUGAAAAAAUGCCGGCCACGUCUGAAGCAGUACCUCUGGUGGGAAUGUAUUACACGGUGACUAUGAUAGAGGUAUCCUGUGCCUUCUUCAUGACGUGUUGGGUUCUCCGCUUUCACCAUCAAAACCCGACUGAAGGAGAGGUUCCUAAAUGGGUAAAAGUCUAUCUGCUUGGUUACGGAGCGAAGCUUUUCCGCUUUAAGUUCGAGAACAGCAACCCUUUCGGUGACUCUCUACAGGACAGCGAUGUGCCUUCGGCAGAAAGCAUUGCUGGUCAUACAAUGAAUGAUAAGGAAACACUUGUUGCUAAGGACACGAAAUUGCGUAACAACACAAAAAGAAGCGGCAACAGUCAAAAUCACGUGCCAGAUGAUAAGAAGAGCACCAAUAAGAUCCUUGCGGACAAUGUACGCCAGCAGAUGAUUUUGCAAGCGAGGCAGGACGAGUGGAGAAAGGCGGCCCUGGUGCUGAACCAUAUCUGUAUCUGGAUUUUUGUUCUUGCUGUUGUUGUGUCGUUUAUGGCAAUAUUUUUACAAGCCCCAUUCUAAAAGUCCCAUAAACCUAUACUCUCUCUCUGACGUUUUAGUACACUUUUAAAUUGGCGCCGUUAAACUAAAACUAAAUUAAUUUGGGCAUCCCCCGUUUAGCCUGACAACCGAACUAGCCUAGAAAGCCUGCCUUUUUUUCCGGUGUGCCUUGACUUAGAGCCUGGAAAAAGCUAAUGCCAAUUUUUUCUGAAAAGCCACUCAAACAAAAAGGAAAUAGGGACUUUAAGCAAACCACGACGGCUACGGCAACGAGAAC